AUCAUUGUAGAGAACCAUGUUCUGACGUGUCCAAGGAAAAGCCGAAGUGUCGUUGUUGGCAAGCUCUUCCCCUUACUCUUCGACAAGUCGUGAAGAAGAAGGACCAGCUUGUCUCGAGCAACAAUAUAUCAGAUCGACGACCCGGCCCAAAAAAAAACAAAGAUUGGCUCAGUUCACCACGCUGUAUUGCGAAAGACGAUUCAGAAACCAUUUAUGCCCGGCGGUAGAACCUUAUCUCCGUCUAGUCCGAUACCUCCUUUCUGCUAACCCCGUCUUUGAAACGACGCAAGGGAUAAGACACUGUUCCCUCGCGUCCAAUAGUGAUCAGAAUUACUGAAUUUUGUUCAUUUCAACAAGUCAUGACUGACGUUACCCUCGCAUUUGACGCCAACGAUGCCUCGAACCCUGGCUGUUAUGGCCCGUCGCAGACCGCCCUUCUCCUCCUGGACUUUCACACCAUGUUUGUACGACACUCCGGACCAUCAGCACAUUCCGUUGUCACAGUGGCCGCGAGUCUUAGGAGAUGGGCCAAGCCUCAAGGCAUUCUGGUUAUCCACACACUGAUCGAUACAUCAAAAUUCCCUCUGCCCACUUGCAAGGACGCAACAAGAUACUCCACAAUAGUCUCCGCGAUGGAAUCAUCAAACACUGUCGCCGAGCCUUCGGAACUACUUGAAGAACUUGGGGAGAAAGACCUGACCUUCACGCGGCGACCUGGAUACAUCUCUGCGCUAAAGUCACCUGGACUGACGGACCUUUUGGCAGAGAAGGGAGUGAAGUCAUUACUGCUUGCCGGACUGAGCUCUUCAGGAUGCGUUUUGAGGACUGCUUUGCAGGCCACAGAUGAAGAAUUUGUGGUCACGGUGAUCCAGGAUGGCUGUGCUGACCUCAAAGCGGCGUUGCAUGACGUCCUGAUGGAGGAAGUCCUGGGAUCGAGGGGAUAUGUGAUCACUGCAGACCGCUUCCGAGAAGGCUAUGAAAAGAUCAGGGGCCUACGCUAAUGUUUGCUCCUUGACCAUGCAAGUGUCGCUGUGCACAAUAAGAAGGCUCAAGGGCCAACGACUCGCUGCGCGGUAACUCAGACAGUGGCUCUAUUUGACUGACCGCUACAUC